CCCCUGACAUCAUCACUGUGCGUCGGCAACCCGGAAGAGACGUGGCAAGGGCCGAGUAAUCGGGAGAAUCGGCGGCGGCGGCUCUGAGGCCUCGGGGCCCACAGGCUCCAGCCAUGGGGUUGUGUAAAUGCCCCAAGCGCCGGGUCACCAACCUGUUCUGCUAUGAGCACCGAGUUAAUGUGUGUGAACACUGCCUCAUCUCCCGGCAUUACAAGUGCGUUGUUAUGUCAUACCUACAAUGGCUCCAAGACAGCGAUUAUAAUUCCAACUGUAGCCUGUGCAAUACUCCGCUCACAGAUGAGGACACUAUCCGGCUAGUUUGCUACGAUAUCUUCCACUGGUCCUGUUUGAACAAGAUGGCUGCGCAGCUGCCAAAGAACACAGCCCCGGCUGGUUAUCAGUGCCCGAUGUGCAAGGGUCCGGUCUUCCCUCCGGCCAACACGGUCAGUCCGGUGGCCAGUGUCCUGAAGGAGAAGCUGUCCACGGUGAAUUGGGCGCGCGCCGGGCUGGGCCUCCCACUGAUUGAAGAAAUCCAGCCCUCUCAGGACCAAGAGUCACUCGAUAGCACAGACUACGCUGAUUGGUCAGCCCUGCCCGAUCCCGGCUCGGACGAUUCUGGCACCCGGCCCCAGUCGUACCCCUCGAGCACCGGCUUCACGCCGCUGCAGGAUUACGGGACAGACUUAAACAACGGGGGUGUGAAGGAGGCGCACUCGGUGGUGAAUAUGAUGCCGGACAACGAGUCCAUCACCCUGACCACAGGAAGCUCCCUGGCGUCCUCGCCUCGAAAGAUUUACGACACCAUCGCUCGCGACACGGCGAAACCGGCCGCCACGCAGAUUGAUUUCGAUGACGACAAGUACCGACGGCGCCCAGCGCUCAGCUGGUUUGCACGAUGGUUCAAGAACGCCAGCGGAUCGAGGAAGCGGCCGCUCUCGAGGUUCCAGCGGUUCACCGUCAUCCUGCUGCUCGGAGCGCUGGGCUUCCUGACUCUGCUCGUCGUCAUGUCAAAGCUUGGCCGGGCGGCCGUGGAGAACGACCCCAACUGGGAUGUGCUGCAGAACCCGCACAUCCAGGUGGGGGCGGAUUAGAACUCGGGGGG